AUGAGCACAUCUACCUCUACCUCUCCCGCUCCCCAUGUCUCGCCCUUCACCACCGCCGUCGUCUCGUCGAUGCGCCGACUCUAUCCCGAGGCGCUGGCCGACAAAUCCUUCGACAACACGGGUCUGCUCGUCGAGGCGCCCUUCAUCUCCUCCCGACCGCGAAACCGGAAUUCGGUCCUGUUAACGGUCGACCUAACCCGCGCCGUCGCCCAAGAGGCCAUCGAGAACAAUCAUUCGGUCGUUGUCGCCUACCAUCCCAUCAUCUUCCGCGGGUUGAAGUCAAUCACCGCCGAUGACACGCAGCAGUGGUCCAUAGCCUUGCUUCUGGCCCACGGCAUCAGCGUAUACUCUCCACACACCGCCGUCGACACGGUUCCAGAUGGCAUGGCAGACUGGCUUUGCGACAUUGUGACAGGCAAAGUCGACGAGUCCGAGCCCGAGUCCGAGCCCGAGACUCAUACUACAGCGGCGCCGCUGUCAUCGCCGUCCGAUACAGAAGUCACUACAUCCGAGAGCGCGCUCGACACGGAGCCAGACUCGAAGCCGUCGACGAAACCAACCUCACCCUCCGCCGGGGGCCAUGAGCAAGAUGCCCUGCCCGACCCGUUCGUGUCUCCGACAACGCCCAAGGCCAAAGGGCCCCCCAGAGCCACCCGUCCUGCUCCUGCGCAUAGAACAUACUCCAAACCCACAUACCCGCGUCCGACGUCCAGUUUCCAUGCCGCCGUGCUUGCCCAUUCCCGAAGCGUGAUUACGCCUUCACCCAGCGCCGCCCUCGCCGCGGCAAACCAAGUCGCCGCCUCCGACUCGUUGACACACACAGCCUCCAAUACCGGUGCAGGAAGGCUAAUUGAGUUCUUUGAACCCCAGCCACUGACACUCCUGAUUACGCGGAUCGCUCACGCCAUCGGGCUACCCAAGGGAUUUGCGGUUGCCAUUCCUCAGGGCCGGAGUAUCGAGGACAUGCACAUCUCGAGUGUCGCCACGUGUCCGGGGAGUGGAGGUGGCGUGGUGAGAGGGUGUCGCGCAGACCUGGUGUUUACCGGCGAGCUGAGCCACCAUGAAGCCCUCGCCGUGACGGAAAGGGGCGGUUGUGUAAUCACGCUGUUCCACUCCAACUCGGAGCGAGGCUAUCUCUGGAGCGUGAUGCGAGAGAAACUCGAGACCGAGCUCGCGGAAGAGUGGGCGCGGGUGAGGAGGAGGAGCCGGGACGAAGAAGGCGUCAAGAGUCGGUCGUCGUUGUCAGUGUCGGCGCAGCUGAAGGAAAUGCUCGAGGACGAGAGUGUGCAAGUGGUGGUGAGCGAGAGAGACAGAGAUCCCUAUGGGAUUGUGGUGCUGGAAGAAACGGCCGUGGAAGGGAUCCGGUUUGGAGGCGACUGA